AUGCCACCCGGAGUGGAAGAGCCGAAAACCAAUGGGACUAAACCAAGGCGAACUCGCAGAAAAGUGCUGCAGAAAAUAUCGGAAAACAUUUCGCUCUUUCUGGAAUCAAUUUCCAUCCGUGGCUGCAACCGGAUUGUCCGAGCACAAAGCAUGUUUAUACGACUUCUAUGGAUUUGUUUUCUAAUUUGCACCACAGUAUUUCUGAUUGUUUCCGUCAGGCGAAUUGUGAAAGAAUAUCUCCUCUACUCAGUGAAUAUCGAGACAGAAGAACGAAUGGAUGCACCGACAGAAUUUCCUUCUGUGACUUUCUGUAAUCAUCAGCCGUUUUCCGAAAAAGCCUAUGAAUUGUGGCGCUCAGGAAGUGUUAUCUCACCCACGCAAUUCAACCGUAUUCUGCGACAGAAGGCCGAAGAAUUGGUGGACAACAAUAGUGGGAAUAUCAGUGAACAUCUUUUGCAAAUGGUUGCGCACUAUUCCAUAGUGUUUGACACCAUUAAAAUGUAUUACCAGAACUUGGACUGGCCUGAUCAGAAGCGACUUGGUCAUCAGAGGAAUCAGAGCAUUUAUAUGUGUUUAAUUCGUUUUUCCGGUGAAGAAUUGCUUCUAGGAGGCCCCGGAUGCUACGAUGAAAUGAUCCACAUUAAAGAACGUUCGCAUCCUCAUCAUUACAAUUGCUACACGGUAGACAUCAAUAUCUAUCUUUCCAGACGUGUCCAAGAACUAGGCUUGAUCGUCUGGCUUGGACCACCCGAGAACUACGACAUUCGAUACAGGCAAGCAUUCUUACAAGACGUCUUUGAACAGGCACAUGGCUUGCGUGUAGCCAUUCAUGAACCAGGCCAACUGGUCAAUCUUGAUCGCUUGGGAAUUCAAAUUGAACCGGGUCGAAUGAACGAGAUAAACUUUGAGGUUAUUCGCAAGGAGCACCAGCAGACACCUCGAAAGCCCUGCAUCCAAGAUCCAAAAGAUCAAUAUCGAGAUUUAGACGGGGAAUACGAUUAUGAAUUCGAACUCUGCCUGGAUAGUUUGAUACAACAGAUUGUAAUUGAACGUUGCUCAUGUGUAUAUGCCUACCUGCCAAGGAUAGUUAUCCCAAAUGCAACUUUGCCCUACUGUGGUCGGCUGCUGAGGAACAAUCAGUUGGAUGCCCAAGGAUUGUUUGACCGGAAGGAAUGUGUCCGUCACGUUGUUCAGCAGUUUGCCAAAUUGAGAAAGCAGUUUGAAGCGGAGGGGAAAUGUUUACGGCGCUGCCAAACGUUGGAAUAUGACAAAAGAGUUUCUGUGACAACUUGGAGAGCUACCCAGUGGCAGUUGUACUGGAGUCAGGAAACUGCGAAUGCUCUGGAAGAAAUUAUGGCAUCUAGUCCCAAUUUCACCAAGGCUUCGGUGGACCGUCUGACUGUCUACCUGAAGACCGCUAACUUGUCCACGGCGUUCAAUGCCCCCGAUGUGACACACAAAGGAAUAACGCGGAAAUACGGUUUUAGUGAUCGACACACGUACUUGUUAAUCAAACGAAAACGAAAUGACACAGUGGUUCGUAAGGAAACACUGGUACUCACACUGGAUGCGUUGGUUAGUCGAAUUGGAGGACUGUGUUCACUCUAUAUUGGAAUGACCUUUGCUAUUUUUAUCGAGGUCAUUGAAUUUUUCUACAUGGUCUACAUGAAAAAUAGUAAAAGUAAAAAGCGAAAAAGGGCGAAUUGUACUGACGAGGCGACGACGUGCAAAAGAUCGCAUUCCAACGGGGAGACAGUGUCUGGAAUGAAUUGUGACGAUAGGGAAACGGACCUCAUAAAUAAAGGGGGAGCUGAGCUGGGUAAAACGGAAAACUUGUCCAAUGUUGAAAUAGGAUCCAGAAAAGAUGACAGCAGUCCACAAUAA